CUUACACACACACACAUGCACAUGACCACACAGCGAGGUGGAUGCACUCAUGAAGCGACGUAGCUCUACAUCCUGUCUGUGAAGAUGGACUUUGACUAUCAGAAGAUUAAAGAUGCUGAAUUUCUUCAGAGGGAAGAGCGACUCAGCUCACAGCCAAUUCAAUACCCAAGACCCAUGCCUCGUCUGUCUAUCACCCCAGAGACCCAACCCACCAGCCGGAAGCCUCCAGUCAAACCCAGACGAAGCAUAAAAUGCCGUCCUACUGUACAGCAAAGAGAUGGACAGUCAAACAGCCAGGCUUGUCAGAAAGAGAUUGAGGUGAAGCGGAUAGCUCCCUCUCAGGUGCUGGGUCCCGUGGGGCCCCUGGAGGCUCAGACUCCAUCUCUUCGGGCUCACAUCCUGUUGUGGUUUCAGAGAUCGCAGCUACCUCGCCUGCAAACACCCGGACGCCCGCUGCCAUGCUGGCUCCAUGGCUUCGCCACGCGCAGGGAGGCAGAGCAGCUACUGCAGGAUAAGCAGCAGGGCUGUUUCCUGUUGAGGCUCAGUGAGUCAAAGAUUGGCUUUGUGCUCUCCUACAGGGGUGCAGACAGGUGUCGACACUUCAUCAUCGAGCAACAAGUUGAAGUAUCUGGACUGAACGGUCAGUAUAUGAUUGCUGGAGAGAACAGCAGGCACAGCAGUCUGGAAGAGCUGAUAAACUACUACACAUACAAUCCAGUAGGGCCCUUCAAUGAAAUGCUCACUGUGCCCUGUGCGCAGCCCAGCAGCAGCAGCGAUGAGAUAGCAAAGCUGAGAGUGAGACAUGAAGAAGAAAGAGAGGAUGAAAGAGGACAGACAACAGAAGACACUGCACAGUCCAUCCCAGAGUACUCUGCUACAGACUCUACAAGGCAAGUCGCCGUGGCUGCCUCUGAUUCGGCACAGUAUGCUGUGGUGAGGAAGACCCUGAAGAAGACUCAGUCUCUCCCAGAGAGCAAGAAUGUACCGGAUACAGUGCACUCUGGCCCAGAGAAUGGCAUACAAGAGCUUGUUGUAAGCAGUGCAGGAGACCUGGCCCAUCCUAUAGAUGCCCCCUAUGCUCGGGUCAACAAACCGCCCCGGGCCGUACAAAACCCUUCCUUCAGCGAUACCGACCCUGACCCCAGCUUACUGGGGGCAGCAGCAUCCACUGGUUCCCAUUCUUCGCCCAGUGCUGCAGCCAUAGCAGAACAGAAGUACUGGGAACUAGAGCCCCUGCACACUUAUGAGGAGACCCUGCACACACGCAGACGCGACGAGGAGAUAGAUUUUUACGCCAUGGGGAGGCGCAGAGAAUUAAAUAGUGAUGCAGGAGAUCUCCCUCAUAAUCACCUUUACUCAGAGGUCAAUAUUAAAGGGACCAGAGAUGACGGUACGCCAGCUCUUCCACCAACCAGGGCAGCCUCCAUGGUUAACUUCACUGCUUCAUCUUCAAGGCCCAACCCAAGCUUGCCCUCAAGACCACCCCCUAAACAUGCAACCUUUCGAACUGAAAGCAGCGUACAGAGUUUUGGUGGUUCACCAGGCAUGACUCCACACCCACUCUUCAGCCCUAACCACUCAGAUCAUCUGCAGCCUGAAAACUCUGGCUUCUCCAUAUAUGAGCAGAUACCAGAGAGACCCGCCAACUCGAGACCUCCUCUGCCACCUCCUAACCCCAAACGUUAAGCCAAGAUCAAAUCCCAUAACCCCUAAGUGCAACCCACCUAGGACUGCUCUUAACCCAGCGCUUAAUGGCCACCCCAGUCAUCGUUCUAGUCCAUUUCCAAAUGAACCAGUUAGAGACCUUUAUUUUUGAGUGUAACUGCAAACCUAAUUGGUUUUCUCAGGUUUUUUUAGUGAGCUUAUUUACAGUGGUGAACCUAUAGUUCAGGCAACAAAUGUCAACAUUUUUCAAAAUUGAGAAAAAAAAACACCUCUAUGAUAAUGCUUAUUUUGAUAGUACUAUGGGAUUUCUAGUACUAUAUUAGUGUUAAGCGAACAGUCAAACACAUGAACAUUUUUGGCUGUUCUUAAUGCAACACAGAAACUUUGAAGCUUGCAAAAGGCAUUCUGUAUGUUUUAUUUGAAGCUUGUAACAGACAUGAACAUAUAUUUGCCUUAUAUGUAGCAGUUGUCCAGUGACCCUUAGUAAAGAGCCAUACCAUAUAACCACUACCACUGUUUUUCAUUUCUAACAACUGACUAAAAUCUGGUUAGUCUGCACCUCCUAUUUCACAGCCAGUUCUUCCUUUCACAAAGUUUUCCCUCUCAUGUGAUUAGUUAAUUCCAGUCCUGUCAUUUGAUAGUUGUAUUUGUAGUUAAUUUUAAGGCCAGAGUACACCGACUGGAAAAACACAAACAUUUUCAUGUCUGCAGUUGUCCUCAAAAUGCUCCGAAAAACUGACAUAAAUGUAAAAUAAAACAAAAUUAACUGAAUGAGGAGAGAAAAUUCUAGAGCCUUAAACAGUCAAACACAGGGACGGUUCAAUGCUUGUGUUUGUUUGUGUUUGUGCAAUCAUCAUACUCUGGCCUCAGUGUGUAAGGCCUUCUGUUCGGCUUCUGAAGGCCUACCAAAUUGGGAGAGCUCACCUGGAUAAAUCUACCUAGAUACUACAGUAGAAAAAAUUUGUUAGUAAAAUACUCUGCUCAGCAUUUUCAACUAAACUCAACUAAAUUAACAGUACUUCAGUACUUAAAGAGAUGAAAUCCAUCAAGCAUUAUGAUUCUAUGCAAUAAAAUCCAUGCACAUUUCUAAAAAUGAUUAGGCCUUCUUUUAAGUUAUAUUAUAAGGCUCCGAUUACCACCUGCUUAUUUAGCACUGUCUUUGAAAAAGAACUGUACACAACAAGUGUUCAAUCUGCGCUCCUGUUUUGUUGAAAUGAAAAGCUGCAGCAGACACCCCAGUAUAUAAAUAGAAUGGCUUGUAUUUACUAUUCUAUUUUUAUCUGGACUUGACCCUUCAUUAAAAAAAAAA